AACCGCGUCGCCGUUCAUCCACCCCAUCCAGCGUGAUAUCUUCCUUUUCUUGCGCCAGACCGAUCAAGGCCAGCAAAACAUUAAACUCGUUCCGAUUCAGAUCCGAGAGUUGGCCUCCCGAGGUCACCAAGCUCAUGAUGCGACUCUGUGCAUCGGCAGAGAGAUAUCCAGCACUCAAAGCCUUCGCAACUCCCGCAGGGCUGAUCUUGCCUGAACUGCCAUCGCUCUUCAGCAGGUUAUCGAAUGUGUCAACAUAGCUAUCCGGCACCUGUGCCCCGUCGAGAAGGCCCUUGACCAAGUCUCCCCGCGCAGCCCUCCCCCUCUUGGGCGUCGGCAUGCCCCAGGCUCCCUGAGCAUCAUCGUCAGCGAACAAAGAGGACUUGGAUCGGGACGCUGCGCUGUUGCUGUCAUCGUCGUCGAAGAGCGUAUUGCGAGACUUGGAGGUGCUGAUGGGCGCAGCCUCCUCCGGCGAAGAACCAAACAAAGACAUUGCUCCAGCGGACUCUGGCUCGGGCUGGCUCUGGCUAUGGCUGUGGGUGUGGUGGGGAGAAGUCAAUAAUAGGCAGUCAUUCGCAAUGGCAAUGGCGCAAGUCCAAGAGUGAUGCGAUGCAACACAGAGCUCGCUAUCGAGACAUUGUCAACCAUACCUGUACUGUAAGAUGUACGGCUUGGGCGAAGCCAUCCGCCCCACAUCCCUGCCAGAAACUCCUGCCAAACGUCUGGUCAAGGUCAAAGCUACCGCUUUCUCAGCUAAAUUUACACUAGCUGCUACAUGCACUUGGUACGCUACUGCAAAGGAACAAGCUUUUCUACAUAUCUUCAAAGUCUGUUUGACUACAAUUGUCAAUCUGGUUUUGUCAAUAUGAUCAAUGACGUCCUCCAUAAGGGGGACAUCUAUACCCCAGGUGACAUUGGAGGGGGACACACAACGCCAUAUGGUACAGCCCCGGAGCUGCUACAACUGGCGAAAACAAGUACGACGGGAUACGUACGUUGCUGUAUCGGUUGGAUGACCAUGGCUGUGUGCAUCAUGACUGGACCACAAUUCAAACCAUACCCUCUGAUUCUUGCUUCAUACAAAUCAUCGGGGAAUAUAUUUCAUCAUACAACCAUCGUACGGGUUCUAUGUCCCAGUCUUUUAGUACAACAAUAAAUAUACACGACGGGCAUGUUGCAGUCGCCCAACUAUCAACUACCACAAUCGGUUCUCCUUCGAGUCCUCUACAUUUGCCACCUUCUUUACCUUCUUCUUCAUUCCAACACUAGGCGUUUUGUAGAACAAACUUGGUCCUUGGCCCUUCUUCAACAGAUGGCUCAAAUAUCCUCGAUGCGCUGGAUCUCGGUAGUACUCCAAGUCUUUUCGGCUCGUGGGAUCUGGCAAACGAUAAGAAAAUGGUGAUGCGGUUGGUGCUGUGCCUGCAAGUGUGGAAACCUCCGUAGGGCUCCAGGUGGUAGAUAGUGGGGUGAAGCUGGAUUCCGACUCCCCCUUCAGCAGUCUUUUUAUCGAUUGCUUCGUGUAAUAUCUUGUGGUGACUUGCCCGCCCACUGCUUCGAUGGAUUCAAUGGCUGCUGCAGAUGCUCUCGAAACCAGAAUGUUGAUGGGCGUCUUCAACUUCUGCUUUCCUUGUGCCAACAGCUUCACUCCAUCCUUAACACCAUGCAGACAUCGAGAUUUUGCCAAUUCCUUUACCGUGAUCGGCUGAGUAGGGUCCAACCGCCCUUGGUCAAUCCAUUCCUGGAUUCUAUUCAGAUUGACCGUCGACAUGUCCACCGAGAAGCUGUGCCUGAAUUAGAGACUUGACGUAAAAUAAUAAGCAGGCGUAGCAUACUGGUUCUCAAACCCCCUCACACCAUGAACUACGUCCUGCGGCGUCUGACCUCCUUGGAAGCGCAUAGGGAUGCUGCCGCGCGACUUCUGUCCUUUGUGACCUCGUCCAGCGGUUUUGCCCUUUCCUGAUGAGGGACCUCGUCCUCGUCGAAUGCGCUUAUUGUAGGCUCCGGCAUUUUCAGAAAGGCUGCCCAGAACCGAGGCAUGGCGAGCCUGUACGAAUGGUGACAGGAGAGCGAUCAAUGGGGCAGAGGCUGCUGGGGCGGCUCUACAAAAGGAGGAGGCCUUGAGCGCAGGCAGUCGAGGGGGCAUUGUGGUGUGUGCUGUAUGUGGGUGGUGGGAGGGGGGGAUGCGUGAUGGUGGUAGGUGGUGCAGGAGGGAUUCUGAGGCGCACAACUGAAGCAAGAUGAGGGUUUAUGGGCGAUGGCGAUGGCGAUGCUGAUAGCUGGGCUCUCUAGGCUCUCCCUCUCCAGGCUCUCUAGAUCGUCAAAAGUCUAGGUCCUACUCGGUAUGGAACCUUCAGGCCGUUGUCCCUGUACGUCAAAUAAAUUUGUUGGUGCUGGGAGGUUUCCAAUUUGAUGUUGUCGGGCCGGCUGCUCAUUGGCUGAGAAUCCCCUUGGCGAGCCCGGCGGCUACUUUUGGAUGGCGGCCCGGUUGCUGGCAUGCGGCAUGCCAUUGAUGUGCGAAAGGCGAGCAUCCGCUGGAGAGUACAAGUAGGCACUCCGCUCCUUACUCUCACUUCUCCCGUCGCCGUGCUGGAGAGGGAGACGCAGACGCAGACGCAGAUGCAGAUAUCAAUGUCCUCAUCCACGUCCACGUAGCCAAGAGCGAAGUUAUACACAGUAUACGGUGUAUAGAGAGAUCCAUUUGUAUAAAUAUGGGCGGACCGGGGAGCUUUGACCGGCGUAAGCAUCAGUCCUUCGCCCUCGUCGCGACCGUUGGCGCCGUUAUCAUCAUCAUCAACCUCCUCCUCAUCUCAGGCAUCGAUGUGCGAACAAGAGUUGGGAGUAUUCCCAUCCCCAUUCCUAUCCCCAUCCCGGGGAAGACCAAGGAGGCGCCGUCGGAUCCAGACGUAUGAAAAUCCCCGUUGCGCUGCGCUGCAUUGCGUUGCGUUACCUCUGCUGUUUCUGUCUAGCAGAUGCUGAUCGAGUGUACAGCUUCCAAAACUCACCUCGUGGCACCAAGAUCAUGGCAAUUUUGAGGAACAUGCCGCCGUGGACGAUCAGCACCCCAUUGUGGAGUACAUGAAGAGUGCCGACAGGUCCUUUCAAGCAUAUGAGCAAGAAAGGUCGAAAACUUUCAGAGAAACCGUUGCAAAGUACCGCAGACGCUAUGGACGACAUCCACCCCCGGGCUUUCGGGAAUGGUACAAGUUUGCAAAGGAUAAGAACGCCCAUAACAUUGAUGAUUUCGACCAGAUUAUGGACGACAUUCGUCCUUUCUGGGGCUUGAAACCGCUCGACAUUCGAUCCCUGGCCCGAGUUUUGACGGAACAUGACUCUAUCUCUGGUAUUCAUAUACGGGAGGGCAAGGUGUGGAAAAUCACCAACGGGGGCUGGCGGGUGGACACAAUGGCUUCCAUGUUGCAAAAGUUUGUCGAGUACUUGCCAGAUAUGGAUAUUGCUAUGAACAGACUUGAUCAACCUCGCAUUGUUGUGCCGUGGGAAGAUAUGCAAUCUCAUUUGGCUGCAGAGGAAAAAAGCAGAAUGGUAACACCAGAGGCUACCGCGGAAUGGACCAAGGAUAUGGAAGGAUUAUUCAAGGAACAAGACGACGCUGUCCCUCUCUUCAUUAACGCCCAAUGGUUCGAAAGGCAUGGCGGACAGUACAUGGAUAUUGCAAAGGAAGCUUGCCCUCCAGAAUCCAAUGCAAGAAAUGCCAGUUUUGUUCCAAGUCCAAUUGACAGUUCAUAUAAAGACAUUCGAGGGGGUUUUAUUACCGAUUUCAACCGCUCAUCUGAUCUUUGUACUAUUGGCCCCGAAAUACAAGAUAAACAUGGAUUUCUGUUUGCUCCCAGUACUAUAAUUGCCAGCAAACGUCUAUUACCGGUCUUCGGGGAGUGCAAAGUCAACGUCAACAGCGACAUCCUCUUCCCAGCGAACAUGUACUACUUGGAUGAUGAUCGUUACGUCUACGAUGACACCUUUGACUAUGGAUGGGAUGAUAAAAAGGACCGUCUAGUGUGGAGAGGUGUCACGUCAGGUGGGGUAAAUACCGCCGAUAACUGGAAAAAGAUGCACCGCCAAAGGCUCGUUAUGAUCUCCAACACAACUAUCUUGGCUAGCAAGAAGGUUCGGGUUAUGGUCCAGGAUUCCGAGGUGGAAGGGACCUAUACCAAUGAUGUCAAUUUCAACGCCAGUGAAUUUGCAGCUGAUCACAACGAUGUAGGGUUCACUGAGCCCCACGCCUGCGUUCCAGAUUGCAACUUUUACGAAGGUGUAUGGACGUAUAAAAACAUAACGACCCUAAGCGAGCAAUUCAGGUCGAAAUACCUCGUCGACGUUGACGGUCACUCAUUCUCAGGGAGAUGGCAUGCAUUCCUAGAAAGCAAAAGUUUGGGAAUCAAAAGCACAAUUUUCCGAGAAUGGCACGAUUCAAGGUUAUUCGCGUGGAGACAUUUUGUGCCUAUGGAUAACCGAUACGACGAACUUUACAGCAUCCUAACGUACUUUCUUGGGUAUGGUAAAAGCUCAGACCCGACGCAGCCGUAUGUGCCUCGACACGAUUUUGAAGCUCGAAAGCUGGGUCGCCAGGGAAGAGAGUGGGCCAAGAAGGUUCUGAGAAGAGACGAUAUUGAAGUAAGAUCAGAUACAGUCAAUUUAUGCACAUAGUCCCAUACUGACUGGGUUUUUUCAGAUAUACAUGUUCAGACUAAUGAUAGAAUACGCCCGAGUCAUCGACGAUAAUCGUGACCGAAUUGGUUAUUCAGGAGAUGGGAGUGAGCUUGACAAAUACGAUUCCAAGACUGCAAUGAAUCCGGCGAAUUUCGGACAUGCGUAAUGGGACUUUUUUUUUGGUGUUUUUUUUUUUGGAUGUAUAAUGCAUUGAUGAAGGCGGUUUGAAGUUUUUUUUAGAGCGAGGGCUAAUGGUCUUGGGUCACGAAACCAAGGUGGUGGGUGUUUAUUUUUGGGUGGGGGGUUUUUUUUCGUCUAGGCAAUCUUUCCGCGUUUGUAUAGUCUGGGAUAGAAAGGGACCAAAAUAGCGGUGGUUAUUGGAUUGUACUUUUUUGGGGGCGGUUCGGUUAUUGGGUCAUGAUAUUGAUACCCCCUCCGUGUAUACUAAUUAGCAUACUAGAAUGCAAUUGAUAUGAUUGUUGAUCGAG